CUGUAGCCUGGCUCUCUCUCACACUCUCUUGUUCUCUCCCUCUCUUGCUCUCUCUCUCUCACUCUCCCUCAUCUCAUUGUUUCAGGAGGCCAAAUUUGAAGUCCUUCCCAGGGAGUGGCCCUGUUCAUCUUAUUCUCCAGCCAAAGUGGGAAUAGCGUGAGAAGGGGAGAGACACAGUCAGCAGCCAAAGGACUCGGUGGAAAGAGCAGAAGACCAUAGACAAUAUGCUGCUCUUGGGACCCAAGGUGCUGCUGUUUCUCACCGCACUCAUCAUUCCUUCGGACUGGACACCUCUAGGAGUCAGUGGUCAAGGAGAAGUAACUCAAGUGACUCAAGAAACAUUCACAGACGAUCCUAAUCUGGUAAAUGAACCCCCUACAGAUGAAACAGUUCUGGCUGAUAUCACGCCUUCCGCAGAUGACCUGGCCUCACCCAAUGAUAAAAUUAACGUCACAGCUCCUUCAGACUGCCGGGACGAGAAAUUUGCUUGCACAAGACUCUACUCUGUGCAUCGGCCAAUCAAGCAAUGCGUUCAUCAGUUAUGCUUUACCAGUUUACGGCGCAUGUACAUCAUCAACAAUGAGAUCUGCUCCCGUCUUGUCUGUAAAGAACAUGAAGCUAUGAAAGAUGAGAUUUGCCGGCAGAUGGCUGGUCUGCCCCCAAGGCGACUCCGGCGCUCCAACUACUUCCGACUUCCUCCCUGUGAAAAUGUGAAUUUGCAGAGACCCAGUGGUCUGUGAUCAUCAAGGAAGUGGAAAAAAGAAAAAAUGUGCGGUUGGGAAGAGAAUGCUCUACGAAGAGGGAACUCCUUGUCUAACCGUUGUCAGCUAACCGAGUAUUUCGCUUUUGCCCCUACUCUCCGAUUUUUCACCCAAAGAAACAUUUAUCUCAUUUCCGGCACUCACAACACAAAGUCUAUAUUAUUGCGUGGUUUUACUGCUUCCCAGUAUCAUAGACAUAGUAGAUAAAUGAUGACCAGGUGGCUUAUAUAUAAAUAUUCUAUGUACAAUUUCCAGGAAAAACAAACUUAUGGUUAGUAAUAUUUACUAUUGAAUCUAUCUGAGCUAGAUCUUCGGACAGAAGGAAUUGUUACUGUCUAUUUUGGCCAUAAAACUCCAUGAACUUUCCUCUUAAGAGUUACCAAGAUUAACUCCCCAUUUGUCUGUAAUAUUAUAGUACUUUUAAACUAUUUUUGCUGAUUGUCAUAAUAUUUGCCUGGCAAGUCCUCUUUAUGAAAAGCAUCAUGAUAAUUGUUGUAGUCCUAAAAAAUUAUCCAGAGCCUAGAGUUAUAUAAUCCUACUAACAAUAUAUAAAGCCCCAAAAUGUUGUCUUCUGCUAAGCUCAGAGGCUGAGCUAAAGAGAGAGGAAUAGGCCAGAUAAAGAACCUGGACUCAUGAUUCUUAUUCAAUUUUUUUAUGCAGUUGUCUAAUCAGCAAGCCAGGCUGGGAAGUAAGUCUCAUUUUCUUACUCAUUUAUGGUAGUAUUGGGGUUAGUCCACCUCCAGAAUUAAUUAGAAAACUAAUGUCAGACCGUAUCACUGGUCAGAGUAUCUGAGUUACUCCUCCUCCUUCCAUUCUUCCCACUUAACCAAAAUCCUUAGAAAUUAUUAUGCAAACAGAUUCUGGAAUAGCCUGAUUUGGGGCCUAAAAAAGCCAUUCAGAUCUGAACUUUAAGACACAGGCAUAAAGUUUACCUAAUGGUUUGUAAAAAAAA